AUGUCGCAAGCUGACCUCCAGCAAGUGCCUGGUCCAUCCCAGCACGCACAAGGUCCCACUCUUUCAGAACCAUCCUUCGCCGUUCCUCUUGCCUCGUCGUCUGUCGGUCGAGUCUCUGGCAAGCCAUGGAAGCUUCAGAAAUCAGCAGCUGUCCGAUCCAAUUUGCCUCUAGGUGUAAAAACCAAGUGGGAAGUGAGGAUGGAGAAAACUAAGAAAGCACAUGCUAUCAAGAAGUUGCAGACCGAGUUGAGGGAGGAGAAAAUGGCUGAGGUCUCACGGAGAAAAGAAAUAACUCUCGAACGAAAAAAGGCGGCUGAAGAGCGGCGCAGGCUGGAAGAAGAAAAAGCCAACGUGCGCGCCGCUUCGUUACACACACUGCCUCCUGUAGAUGACACGACUUUCAGAUGGGCGCGCGGAAAGCUGCCAGACUACGCCGCAAGGCUGGCCGGACGAAAAAGAUCAACCACUGAUACCACUGAUAUUGCUGAUACUGUCUGCAUUGGUGCCCACGAAAUUGAGCAUGUGUGUCAAAAUCGAGGACUUCUUUUCAGGGAUGUGUGCGGCGACCAUAUGCAUUGGAGGCCGAACAUUCAGGCGCGUUCGACCCUUAAGCUUGAUACGUGA